AUCGCGCUUCCUUUUCCAGCAGCGCCUGCGAUCAUGGCGGACGUCGUAGCGGAGCAAGUAGUAGACCAGAAACCAGUAAAGGACCGGGAGCUGAACGGGGAAGCCGAAGAUAGACAAGGAGCCGACCCUGUGGAGGAGACGACAAAGAAGAAGAAGAAAAAGAAGAAGAAGAGCAAAGCUGCAUCGACAGCUGUUGAGUCGGAGGUGGAUGGAGUGGCCGAAGUGACCAAACAGCUGGAGAAGCAGGCCAUCGAGGACAAAGAGAAGGAGGAGGAUGGUGAGGAAGAUGGAGAUGAUGGAGAAAACGCAGCGGGCAAAAAGAAGAAGAAGAAAAAGAAGAAGAAAGGACCCAAAACUCAAACUGAUCCCCCAUCUGUGCCCAUCUGUGACUUAUACACAAAUGGAACGUUCCCCAUUGGACAGGAGUGUGAAUAUCCCACCGUUCAGGAUGGUCGCAGUGCGGUGUGGCGUAUGACCAACGAGGAGAAGCGGGUGCUGGAUAAAGCUAACGAGGAGAUGUGGAAUGACUUCAGGCAGGCAGCUGAGGCCCACAGGCAGGUCCGCCAGCACGUCCGCAGCUUCCUGAAACCCGGCUUGACCAUGAUUGAAAUCUGUGAGCGUUUGGAGGAUUGUUCCCGUAAGCUGAUAAAGGAGAAUGGGCUAAAUGCUGGCCUGGCCUUCCCCACUGGCUGCUCCCUGAACCAUUGUGCUGCCCACUACACUCCCAACGCCGGAGACACCACCGUCCUGCAGUACGACGACGUCUGCAAGAUCGAUUUUGGCACACACAUCAACGGGCGAAUCAUUGACUGUGCCUUCACUGUCACAUUUAACCCCAAGUAUGACAAGCUGCUGGAGGCUGUGAGAGAUGCCACCAAUACUGGAAUAAAAAACGCUGGCAUUGAUGUGCGUCUGUGUGAUGUCGGAGAGGCAAUUCAGGAGGUGAUGGAGUCCUACGAGGUCGAGCUUGAUGGCAAAACAUACCAAGUGAAGCCAAUCAGAAACCUGAACGGUCAUUCAAUCGGUCAAUACAGGAUACACGCUGGAAAGACGGUGCCCAUUGUUAAAGGAGGGGAAGCAACUAGAAUGGAGGAGGGAGAGGUGUACGCCAUCGAGACAUUCGGCAGCACGGGUAAAGGCGUUGUCCACGAUGACAUGGAGUGCUCUCACUAUAUGAAAAACUUUGAUGUUGGCCACGUCCCCAUCAGGCUGCCCCGAGCUAAGCACUUGCUAAAUGUCAUCAACGAGAACUUCGGCACGUUGGCGUUCUGCCGACGCUGGCUGGACCGCCUGGGCGAGAGCAAGUACCUGAUGGCCCUGAAGAACCUUUGCGACCUGGGCAUCGUGGACCCCUACCCUCCACUCUGCGACACCAAGGGCUGCUACACCGCUCAGUUUGAGCACACCAUUCUGCUCAGGCCCACCUGCAAGGAGGUGGUGAGCCGGGGAGAUGACUACUGACACCCUUGCCCCACCUUUUAACCAAAUUUCCUCUCACCACCUCACAGCACCUUCAGACCCUGUUACAGUAAUAGAAAAGAAAAAAAAAAAAAGCUUCAGAUACAGGGCGUGGUUGACUCGCA